AUGGCCGCAAGCGUAUCUCCGUUCGCCCGGAGCACAGCGUUCGAAGAGUCUCUACUAUCGGCGAGAGAGCAGACCAUAGAGGAAAUGUACAGUGUACCCGAGAGCUUCCUCGAGAUUGAAGUGAGGAACCCACAGACCCACGGGUUCGGGCGGAAGAUGUACACGGACUAUGAGAUCGUAUGCAAGACGAACAUCCCCGCUUUCAAGCUGCGCCAUUCGCUCGUGCGCCGACGCUACUCCGACUUUGAAGCCUUCCGCGACAUUCUCGAGCACGAAUCCACGCGGGUCAACAUCCCCCCGCUCCCUGGCAAAGUCUUCACAAACCGUUUCUCAGACGAGGUUAUCGAGAACCGCAGAGAAGGUCUGGAGAGGUUCUUGAGCAUCGUUGCAGGGCAUCCGCUGCUACAGACCGGAAGCAAAGUCUUGUGCGCCUUCCUCCAAGACCCUGCCUGGGAUAAGGCCCAGUGGGUCUGA